AUGCAGUCAGCCCGGUUGCCUAACGCCAUCUGUGAAGGGCUAGAGAAGCGGUGUCGGCGAUUUGUAUGGGGAGGUUCGGGAGAUACGCGAAAGUUGAGUCUUGUUAAAUGGAAUGAGGUUUGUCAGGCCCGACGAUGUGGAGGGCUGGGCUUGAAGAGACAGCGUUUGAUGAAUGAUGCUUUACUAAUGAAGUUGGGCUGGAAGUAUCUUACGGAUCAUAAUGCCCUGUGGGUUCACGUUUGGAAAGCUAAAUAUGGUGAUGGCCCGCUCUCGGCUGUUCCCGGCCACCGUAGCUCGGCUGUCUUGCAGGCUGUGAAGAAAGUGUGGAGUUCUGUUGUUAAAGGGGCCCGGUGGGCAGUGUGUAACAGUCGCACGGCUAUGUUCUGGAUGGAUCGGUGGCUCCCGUCGGGUACCGUACUUUUGGAUGUCGCUGUUAACGAGGUCCCAGCUUCCCUACUGGGAAGAACGAUAGCCGCUACUCCGCCGCCACAUAUCAACUUAGGUCGAGACCGCCUUUAUUGGGGUCCUUUUCCAACGGGUAAAUUUACUACCAGGUCGGCCUAUGAGCUUUUAGCUGACGACCAGAAUUUAGAGCUCGCGACUUCGGACAAACAACAACUAUGGAGGGUUGUGUGGCGUUGGCUGGGUCCUCAACAUAUUCGUACGUUCCUCUGGCUCUUGACCAAAAACCGACUGCUCACUAAUGAAGAGAGAAGACGGCGACACCUGGCGGCCGACGCACUCUGUGGUGUAUGCUCCCAGGCGGAUGAAUCCGCGCUGCAUGUCCUCCGGGACUGCCACUUGGCAGCUGCUAUUUGGAUGAAAUUGCUGCCGAGCGACUAUCGUGCUUCUUUCUUUGCUCUGCAACUGGACGAUUGGGUUUUGUCAAACUUAAUGCCUCGGCCUGAUCAUGGAUACACACAGUGGGAUCGUACCUUUGGGGUAGUUGUGUGGAAAAUUUGGAAGUGGAGGAAUGAACAUAUUUUUCAGGGGAAGACUAAAGAGGUGGAGUGUGGGUUACGUGAAAUCUUGGCUUAUAUUGAAGGGCUGGACAAGGUGAGGGAGUGCGAUAAGAAACUUGGAGGAAGUCGUCGAUUUUUGAGUGGAGGAGUGGUGAUGUCAAUUUUCGGAUUUGGAUGUCCUGCUGGGUAG